AUGUGUAGGUUCUUGCACGAGAACAAGAUCCAAUACAUUCCGACCGGUACCUUCACUGGGCUAAGCUCCCUCAAGAGACUGAGGUUAGAUAGUAAUUCUCUAGUCUGUGACUGCGGGAUGAAGGAAGUGAUGAGCGCGGUUCCGGACAUCUCAGCAACCUGCGUCUACCCAGAGAGCAUGAGAGGAAAGACCAUCAGAGAAAUGAAACUGAAUGACAUUCAUUGCAACGAACCUCGCAUUAUCGAAGGCCCACACGAUGUCGAAGUUAGCUUUGGAGGGUCGGCGGUGUUCACCUGCAGGGUCGAUGGUGAGCCGCAACCAGAAAUCACUUGGAUGCUCAACAGCAAUGAAAUUGACACAUCUAAUCCAAAGUACUCAAUAAAAGAGGACGGUACACUCAUAGUUUCAUCAAUGACUGAUUCGGACAUGGGUGUCUAUGAAUGUAUGGUCAAGUCACCUAAUGGUGUUACAAAGUCUCAAGCUGCUAAAACUCUCUUUCAUGAAGCGUCAGCUGAAUGGAACCGUAAACCAAAAGACCAAAUGGCAAGGGAAGGUGACACUGUUCAACUAGAAUGCUCUGCGAGUGGUGGUCAAGCUACUUGGGUUCGAAACGGUACACCAGUAUCACUGCCUGUUUCUGCUGAAGGGACCCUCACCCUACAAUCUGUAACACCUGAAGAUGCUGCAAGCUACACCUGUAUUGUAGAAACUUCAAACGGAAGACUAGAAGCGAAAGCUCAAUUAACUGUAACUGAAGUUACAAUUAUAAAAGCUUCUUCAAGUGAUGGUGGCCUUUAUACCUGCUUAGCUCAGAGUAUUUUAGGAACAGCAGAAGGGAAUGGUGAAGUGAGAGUAAGACUUGAUGGACCUAGACCCCCAACCUUUGUUCAUACUCCCUAUCCUAUUGCAGCCCAUUUGGGGACUUCAGUUGAGCUUCCAUGCAAAGCUCAAGGUGAACCUUAUCCCGCCAUCCAAUGGUUUAAAAAUGGUGAUCCCAUUCAACUCGAUGAAACACAUAGGGUGUUUCCAGUUGGAAGUAUUCGUAUUUACAAUAUUACACCAUCUGAUGGCGGUAUUUAUAGGUGCACUGCAACUAAUGAACAUGGAGAAAUUUCUGUUCAUGCAACUCUUACUGUUGAAGACAGUUCAUCUGGAGUUGGGGACAAUUUAGUGUUAUCAGCUUUGGAAGAUGCUAAGAAAACUGUUGACAAAGCAGUUAAUUCAACAAUUGAAGCUUUUUUUUCAAAGAAAGCUCCACAAUCUCCAAGCUUCUUAAUGAGGGUCUUAAGAUAUCCUGAUGAAAAAGCAAGAUCAGUUGUAAGAGCUGCAGAUAUAUAUGAAAAUACAUUAAUUAAUAUUAGAAAACAUAUAGCUAGUGGGAUACAUUUUAAUAACACUGAAGAUGGUACAUGCAACAACUUACAACAUCCUCAUUGGGGAGCUGCUCAUACUGCAUUCAGAAGAUUAAUAAAACCUAUAUAUGAAAAUGGUUUUAGCAAUCCUGUAGGUUGGGAUAAAAGCCGUCUUUAUAAUGGUUUUUUGUUGCCCAAUGCUAGGAGAGUUUCACUGGAAUUAAUCAGGACAGAAAACAUUACCCAGGAUGAUAAAAUUUCACACAUGGUUAUGCAGUGGGGUCAGUUUCUGGAUCAUGAUUUAGACCAUGCUAUACCCUCAACAACCGCAGAAAGUUGGGAAGGAGUAGACUGUAAAAAGACAUGUAAAGCUACACCACCAUGUUUCCCAAUGGAGGCUGACCAUGAGGAUCCACGAAUAAAGAACAGAAGAUGCAUGGAUUUCAUUCGGUCUAGUGCAAUAUGUGGUUCAGGAAUGACUUCUAUAUUUUUUAAUAAGAUUCAACAAAGAGAGCAGAUCAAUCAGCUGACAGCAUUCAUUGAUGCUACUCAGGUGUAUGGAUUUCAUGACAACAGGAGUAUUCUGUUAAGAGACUAUACACAAGAUCUUGGUCUCCUCCGUGUUGGAAUAGACACUGAAUCAGGAAAGCCAUUGUUACCACUGGCAGGAUUCCAAGAGGUGGAUUGCAGAAGGGACCCUACUGAACACGAAGCAGUGGCGAUGCAUACAAUCUGGUUACGAGAACAUAACAGAAUUGCAAGAGAGCUAAAAAAAAUUAAUCCUCACUGGACAGGAAAUACCAUAUUUCAUGAAGCUCGUAAAGUUGUUGGAGCUGAAAUGCAGCACAUCACAUUCAAACAUUGGCUUCCUAAUGUUUUAGGAGACAAGGGAUUGGAACUAAUUGGUAGUUACCAGGGAUAUAAUCCAAAUAUUGAUCCAGGUAUUUCAAAUGAAUUUGCAACUUCAGCUUUGAGAUUUGGUCAUACAUUAAUAAAUCCAGUUCUUGCCCGUCUUGAUAGCGACUUCAAAACAAUUCCAGAAGGUGAUCUACCCUUGGGAAAAGCAUUCUUUUCACCUUGGAGGAUAAUUGAAGAAGGAGGUGUUGAUGCCCUUAUGAGGGGAAUGUGGGCUACUCCAGCAAAAAAGAAAAUGCCAAAUCAAAAUCUAAACAAUGAACUAACUGACCAUUUGUUUACAUCAUUCCAUGCUGUAGCUUUAGAUCUGGCUUCCAUGAAUGUACAACGAAGUAGAGAUCAUGGCAUACCUUUUUACAAUGAAUACAGAAAACUAUGCAAUUUAUCUUCAGCAGAAACAUUUGAUGAUUUGAAAACUGAAAUUUCAGAUCCAGAAAUAAGAGAUAAAUUACAAAAGUUGUACGGAGAUCCAAGCAUUCUUGAAGACCAGAUUGAAGGAGCAAAAAUGGGCCCUACUUUCCGAUGCAUUCUGACUGAACAAUUUAGGAGAAUAAGAGAUGGAGAUAGAUUUUGGUAUGAAAAUCCAUCUACCUUCAAACCUGCACAGUUAACUCAAAUCAAACAAAGCUCAUUAGCCAGAAUCCUUUGUGAUAAUGGAGAUAACAUCACUGCUAUAUCUCCCAACGUUUUUAUUAUACCUGAAAAACAAUCUCCUUCAAUUGUGAAGUGUGAGGAACUCCCAGAAAUUGAUUUACGAUUUUGGUACGAAUGUGAAGAUUGCGAAAAUGAUGUUUCGUCAAGAGGUAGGAGAGGUUUAGUUGAUGGUGAAAUGGAGGAUCGAAUGGAAGGAUUAGAAAAUAUGGUAGAGGAGCUCCAAAAAACAGUAAAGUCUCUUAAAAGGAGAAUGAAAGGUUUAACUGCAAAAUGUCGUGACAAUAAGGGCAAUAUAAUGCAUGAUGGAGACACUUGGCAGAAAGAUAGCUGCACUUUAUGCGAAUGUCAGGGAGUACAGGUCUCUUGUACAAGAAUUCAGUGUGCUAAUCUUAAUUGUGAAAAACAGCAAAAGGUUGAAGGAAGGUGCUGUCCUGUUUGUGCUUAAGGAAAGACCAGUUAAAUAGGUGCCUAUAAACUGUGUACAGUGUUUGGUGAUUAUGAAAUAUUUUAUGUGAAAGUGUGAGUGAAAUCUGUAAGAUUAAGUUUAUGUAUUUAUAAUGUACCAAUAUUAUUGUCUUAAAUGACAAAGUAAAAGAAAAAAUCAUCAACCACUUUUAAAACUAAAAAAAUCUGUGCUACCUUAAAAACAAAAAACAAAAAUCCGAGGAAAGCAACAAAUAAAAAAUUAAUAUUCUUAAUAUAUUUAGUAAUCUGCCUCACAACAGCUUCAACAGCUCUUGUUGAAUUCAUAAGUAACGACUUUUAAAUAUGACACAUAAGUUAUACGUAUUUUGUUUUAUGUUUUGAUAAUUUAACUAAAAUUAUUGUCGAUAAAUAAGGCUUAAAUAGAUUUAAAAUGAGAAGGUAUUUAAUAAUAGUUUUAAGAACUAUUUAAAUACCAUCGGAGUUGAAAUACAUGUUGUACAUGGAAAAUGUGAUUCACUAGUAUUUUUUUAAGUUCAGAAAGAUAGUUGUAUAGUUUAUGUAUAAAGUGAAAAGAAAAAAAUAAUUUGUACUAGCUGUUUAUUACUUGUGUUCUUAAUUAUUUAUUGUGAUAUAUUUGUAAUGCUAUUUUGUAAUAAACAAUUAUAUUUUUGUUUCUUUUAUAAUAGAAUAACAACUUUACUUUAUGUCACACAACAAAGCAACUCCUCUUAAUGUCCAAUGUCUCGGAUUAUUAUCUGUUUCAAAAUCAAUUGAACCAACAUAUUUUUGGUCAGUCCUCUGUGGUUUUCGAUAAAUUGGGCAUUCAUAUAGCUUUGGAUCUUUCCCAGCAGUAGUAUUUAUUGCAUAGAUAUAUAUUACUGGCAUUUGUUCAUAAAGUACCUUUGGUUUGCUUUCAAUCAGUUUUCCUGACCUACGAUCUAAACCAGCACCUUCAAGAAAUAACCCAUGAACAUAAACACCUUCAGGAGGGGCUUCAUGUAUAUCUUCCUUGUUAUGCCUUGUGAUUAGAUUUUGGAGAACAACUGAAUCCAAGGCCCAACCCUUAUGAGCUCUA